GGAAAAAGCAUACACCCCUGAUGCAAUGCAGUGUUUCUGUGUUGGUUUUGUAUAUAAGGUUUGCUAUGCAAUUCCAAAAAUAAAAGAGGAGGAGAGACGGCCCUGCAUCCCAGAGCAAACAGAGAAUCAGAGGUGAAAGGAGAAACUAUGACUUGGAACGACACCACUAUGGACGGGGAAGGGUUGCUGGUGGAAAGGGACUCUUCCUUUCGAAUCCUCACGGGCUGCUUUCUCUCCUUGCUGAUCCUCUCCACACUGCUGGGAAACACGCUGGUCUGUGCAGCUGUCAUUAGGUUUCGCCACCUCAGGUCCAAGGUGACCAACUUCUUUGUCAUCUCCUUGGCCGUGUCAGAUCUCUUAGUGGCAGUUUUGGUCAUGCCUUGGAAAGCUGUGGCUGAGAUCGCUGGUUUCUGGCCUUUUGGUUCAUUUUGCAACAUCUGGGUGGCCUUUGAUAUUAUGUGCUCAACAGCCUCCAUCUUAAAUCUCUGUGUCAUUAGUGUGGACAGAUACUGGGCCAUCUCCAGCCCAUUUAGGUACGAGAGGAAAAUGACCCCCAAGGCAGCCUUCAUCAUGAUCAGCGUGGCAUGGACUUUGUCUGUGUUGAUUUCCUUCAUUCCUGUGCAGCUCAACUGGCACAAGGCUACAACCACAAGCUUUUUGGACCUUAAUGCCAGCUUGCAAGGUAUAAGCAUGGACAACUGUGAUUCUAGUCUAAAUAGGAUGUAUGCCAUCUCCUCUUCUCUAAUUAGCUUCUAUAUACCUGUGGCCAUCAUGAUAGUAACAUACACGAGGAUAUACCGGAUUGCUCAGAAGCAAAUACGACGCAUCUCAGCUUUGGAGAGAGCAGCAGUGCAUGCCAAGAACUGCCAGAACACGAGCGGCAACAGAAGCAGUAUGGACUGCCAGCAACCAGAGAGCAACUUCAAAAUGUCCUUCAAGAGGGAAACGAAGGUUUUAAAGACUUUGUCAGUGAUCAUGGGGGUGUUUGUGUGCUGCUGGUUGCCAUUUUUCGUAUUGAACUGCAUGAUUCCCUUCUGUGAGCCUACCCAACCAUCCAAAGGAGCAGAAGCUUUCUGCAUUAAUUCCACUACCUUUGAUGUUUUUGUUUGGUUUGGAUGGGCUAAUUCUUCCCUGAACCCCAUCAUUUAUGCCUUCAAUGCUGAUUUCCGCAAGGCAUUUUCGACCCUGCUAGGAUGCUACAGGCUCUGCCCUAUGGCCAGCAAUGCUAUAGAGACUGUUAGUAUUAACAAUAAUGGAGCAGUUGUUUUUUCGAGCCAACACGAGCCCAAAGGGUCCAGCCCCAAAGAGUCUAAUCUGGUUUAUCUGAUUCCACAUGCAAUUAUCUGUCCAGAAGAAGAACCUCUCAAAAAGGAAGAAGAGAGUGAACUAUCAAAGACCUUGGAGAAAAUGUCUCCAGCACUGUCGGGUAUCUUGGAUUAUGAAGCUGAUGUUUCUUUGGAAAAGAUCAAUCCCAUUACACAAAAUGGGCAGCAUAAAACCUGAACAGCAAGGUUUACCCAGCAAGACCUAAUAGUGUAUAUUGUAAUAAUCUUUUUUUUUUUUUUUUAAAAAAAAAAAAAGAUAGAAAAGAUUUCUUUGGUAAGAAAAUGAGCUCUAGGGAGAAAUACACAAUUACACCAUGCCCAGAAUUGAUUUUCCUGGCAUUCAAAGCAAAUUUAACAUUUAAAACAAUAAACAGGAAAAGAUGCUGAAAAUUGGCUAAAAAAAGGAUAUUAAACUGUGCUGUUCAUAACGAGGAAAAUAAAUUUAGAUACAGUGCAGUGACAAAAUAUUACUUCUUCUCUGCACAGAGAAACCAAUUUCCAGUUUAAAAUGAGGCAAGAUAAACGUUAAGUAUUUAAAGGUUAAUGUUUACUAGAAGUUAAAAGAUUGCUGUGUCUUGUGAUAGUGGGUGUUAACAGGUCCUAAUUAAAGACUGAGGGAUUGUAAAGUACGUGACUGGGCAGAGGCAGGGCCACUGAGGUGCAGGAAGGUGCCAGGACAUCAGGAUGUUACUGCUGCCACCAGGACGGCCACCUCGUCUACCCUGUGGGCAACAAGCACUUUUCUUCCCUCCUCACCCCCCAGUAUUUUCUGCUGCAGAGUGAGCCUUGCUGUGUGCCUUUCUGAUGUGCCUGCAAGUAACCCGUGUAACCUUUAUUUUUGGCAUUGCUUCCUUGUGACUGAAGGUAUUUGUAGAGGGAAGAGGUUAAUAAUUCACCUGAUGGCCUUGAUGAAGGAGCUGUUUGCAAUGAAUGAGCCAUAAUAACUAGAUUAAAUCUGAAUACAUUUCUCCCUUCCCUUGGCAAGCAUUUUAUGCUGAUUUGGGUUUCUAACUUAACAAAGUGUACAAAAGAUAGAGGAUGAGAGAGGAAACGCCUUUGCUGAUGCAGAGUUUUAAUAACACAGUUACUGUGAACCAGUCCUGGUAAAUAUUUUGGCUUUUUGUUAUAACAAUAGUAGAAUAUGAUCCUAGCAAUACUACUUAUGUGGCCACACAAUGAAUGUAACUUAAAGAAUAAGGAAAACAGUGGUAUCUGCUGCUUUACUUUUAAAAUAUUGGAACACAUAUGUAAAAUGUUCUCUCACAGUUUUGUUGCAGUAGAGAUGGGCUGAAGGGAGUGUUGGGCUCCAGCCUUGGGGAAGUUUGGUUUUGAUCCUCUUUUUGUAGGCGGGACUGGGCUGUCCAGCUGUCUCCUUGAGCUGGAUAUGGGUGGCAGCUGGGUUUACAUGGUGGUGCUCUUUCCCUGCUCCAGAUCUCAAAGUCAGAGUUAAGCCUCGUGAGCAUCAGCCUUCCCAGAGAGCUCUGCGGAGCCCCUUGCUGCUGGUGCUGCCGCCGUCCCAGCCAGGCACAGCUCAUUUCAUAGCACCGCUAGAAGGGUAUUUCUACAAAUGUAGUUUUGAGGCUGAACUAGUAGAUCAGUUCUGCCAGGCUAUUCCUCCCUCUUCCUAGGAGGCGCAUUCCUGUCUGUUCUUUCGUGAAGGAAUUUUCCCAGAGCCCAUGUGGUCAGCAGUGGUGGAUGGCGCUGUCAGGGUGGUGCGAAGCCUGCUACCGGUCACACAGAGCCACGACAGCAGAUCUGGGUUCGAGGAAGGCAACAUGGGGAUCAAAGAGAUACCCUGGGCCUCAUUCAUCAUCACCCUGUGGACCUGGUGAGGUGGAUAACUUGGUGUAAAAGUGACAUAAAAAGAGCAAGUGGCGAGGGGACUCCAGAGCUGGCUGCAGGGGAGCAGCACCGGGGAUGAUGGCACCAGCGAAACCCUGUGUCUCAGCUCCGUGCUGCAACCCUGACAGCUGGAGGAGACAAAUGAAAGAAGAACUCUGGUCCAGCCCUGCACCAGCCAGACUCAGGGAGCAAAACAUCUCCCGGUUCCUGCAUCACCUUAAGGCAGGCUGCACGGGGAAUUCAGUUUUCAUUUUGGGGCCAGCGUGGCUGAAGGCUGCACUGCCCCUGCCAGCUGAUGUCAGCCCAGCCUGAGAGCGCUCAGUGCUGCUGUGGAAUGCUCAGAGGAGCAGGUAUGGCUUCAAGAUGUGAUUUGAUACAAAAAGAAUAAUGUCCUUGCUUUGUUCCAGAUAACUUACACAUUUGUUCUCCUUGGAUCUCCUAUACUUGUUAUGUCAGUAGCUUGCCUUUAAAUCAGUUGGAUUUUUUUCCAUCCAACAGAACUAAGACUAUUUGUAGGAUAUUUCAAAUAACAAAAAUUAUAGAAAUAGAAUUGUUUGAAAAUAUCAUUAGGGGAUGUUUUGACCUUUUCAAAAUGAAUUUUUUUAUUUUUAAUAUACGUAAAUUUUCAGUUUGCAGUGGUAGAAUUUUAAAACUCAGAUCGGAUUUCUGGUUUAAAAAUACUGGCAAAGCAGGUAAAUAUUAAAAAUAAAAUGAAGUAGUUCAAUAUAACUUAUACUGAUUUGGUAGUUCAAAACUUUCCUGCUCCCAUUCCUUGAUUUUCAGACUAUUAAAUUCCUUUCUAUUUCACAUUUUCCUAGGAGAAGGAAACAGUUAGAAAUCUUGAAAGAAGACAGAGAAUAAGAGAAAUACUUGCUUCUCCAAUUCUCCUUCCACUGAUGCUCUUAGAGAAGUCAAACAUUUCACUGAGCUAAACUACCAUUGCAAAGUUUCUCUUAAUUUCAGAGAGAGACAAUUAUGGAUUAAACCAGGCAUUUUUCUCAGUUUGUUUUUUAGUUUUGUUUCUUUGUUAAUAAAGG